AUGGAAGGCAUCGAGACCACGCAGGCCGUCGUCGCCAUGGAUAUUUCUGAAGACCCUGAGCCUUCUACCGAACCUACCAAGCCCACUGAUCGCGCCAACACCAGCGAACCCUCUGCUUCCCCUGCCAGCGACCCUCGCGCUUCUUCCCCCAUGAUGGAGGCCGACGACUCUCAGAACACUGGCGGCAAGAUCAUCGAAGUCAAGAAGACCAAGCCUACUCUCCACGUACGAGAGAACCUCGGAUACUGGAAGUGUAGUCAGACCCUCCAGGACGGCAGCACCUGCGGUUGCUACAAUAUGAUGGCAUUUAAGCAGUGUAAAGACUGCAAGAGCCGACGCGGAGUUGGAGACGACGGCACAGACGCUUACGGCACCAAGAUUGCGAAGAUCGUGCACGUCAACAACGAGAACGGAAAUGAGUUCUGGCAGUACCUCAUCGAGGAAUAG